UCCUUUUGUCUACCUCCUGCUUUUGAUGGGUUGUUACUGAACUUGUUCUAAUGUCAACAUUUAUAACGUUAUAGGUACCAGUGCCUCUGAUACCUGAUCAGUUUAAAGCCAUGUGUUUGAGUCCAUCAUAAGAGGAUAUCACUGUCUUUAUAUUCUCUCCUUUUCCUUUAUACGUCUCCUCCUUUAUGACGUUUCCACUGCGUCCUGUAAGUCCCAGGAAAGAGCCGUCUUUAGUGCGGCAUCCUGAAUGGAUGAAGUGUCCCCUGUAAGUCCGUGGCUGUACUUUGCGCAUUCUUCUGUCUUCUAAUAGAGCUCAUCCAUGAAGGGCUUCUCUAAGUUCUUGUAUGUUUAAAGAGAAUUUUGGUUUUGCAAGAUGCUUGAUCGACGGUGUGACCAGCUGUAGAAUUCUUGAGUCACACCUUCCUACCCUUUAAAUAUGUGAUGUAUGUCCAUAUUUAUUGGCAUGGAAAAAUGUUCACGACAUAUUGCUGAAUGACCAAAAGCAGACAGAACCUCCGUUGAAUACGCCAGAAAAUAGAGAAUAUCUUGCAGAAAUUAUGUUUGAGUCAUUUAAUGUACCCGGACUCUACAUUGCAGUGCAGGCGGUGCUGGCCUUGGCGGCGUCUUGGACAUCCCGGCAGGUUGGCGAGCGCACGCUCACGGGGAUCGUCAUCGACAGCGGGGACGGGGUCACGCAUGCCAUCCCAGUGGCAGAAGGCUAUGUAAUUGGAAGCUGCAUCAAGCACAUCCCGAUCGCAGGUAGAGACAUUACGUAUUUCAUCCAGCAGCUGCUAAGGGAGAGGGAGGUGGGGAUCCCUCCGGAGCAGUCACUGGAGACCGCAAAGGCCAUCAAGGAGAAGUACUGUUACAUCUGCCCGGACAUAGUCAAGGAGUUUGCCAAGUACGACGUGGACCCCCGCAAGUGGGUCAAGCAGUACACGGGUACUAACGCCAUCAGCCAGAAGAAGUUCGCUAUAGAUGUGGGCUACGAAAGGUUCCUGGGGCCUGAGAUUUUCUUCCACCCAGAGUUUGCCAACCCCGACUUCAUGGAGUCCAUCUCGGACGUCGUGGAUGAAGUGAUACAGAGCUGCCCCAUCGAUGUGCGACGCCCGCUGUACAAGAAUGUCGUUCUCUCGGGAGGCUCCACAAUGUUCAGGGACUUCGGACGUCGACUGCAGAGAGAUUUAAAACGAGUCGUGGACGCCAGACUGAGGCUCAGUGAAGAGCUCAGCGGUGGCCGAAUCAAGCCUAAGCCGGUGGAGGUUCAGGUGAUAACGCAUCAUAUGCAGCGCUAUGCGGUGUGGUUUGGAGGCUCCAUGCUGGCCUCAACUCCCGAGUUCUUUCAGGUGUGUCACACCAAGAAGGACUACGAGGAGUACGGCCCCAGCAUCUGCCGCCACAACCCGGUCUUCGGAGUCAUGUCCUAGCGCGCCGGCCCGCGGGGGGGCGCGCCUGCGCCGCCGAGUGCAUGAGGCGGCCCCGCGCGCGCCCCCGCCCGCGCCCCCGCGCGCGCCCCCGCCCGCGCCGCCGCCGCGCUUCCGGCCCGCGGAGCCGCCUGAGGGGGUGCGCCUGCCGCCUGAACGCCUGCUCCCCGAAACCCCCAGAAGAUGGCGCAGAACCGACCCCCAGGAAAGAACGUGGGCGCCGCACACCCUUUUCCUCCCGGCCUAUUUUUGUAAAUAAAAUGUUAUAAACUUGAAGUACAAAUUGAUGUUUAUAUUUCCUAUCAUUUUGUAUUCCCGGCACUCGGUGCGGUGGCCGGGCCCGAGCACGACCAGCCGUGUCCUGGCUGCUGUGAGCACGUGUCUGCUUGUGAGGCGCGUCCGGUGUGUCCGUGGGCAAACGGUGGAGCGGCAGGCGCUUCUGCCACGUGUUCGCUCGAAAACGACUACACUUUAUUGGAGUGACUGGAAGUUUCAACGCUAAAUACUGUUGUACGAGACUCGUUACGGAUAAUGUAUCUCUUCACUUUCCUGUUUGAACUUUCUGGAACUGUUUUCUGGAAGUCGCCGGUUUGCCGUUGGUGAGUGGUGACGAAGCGCUGCCGUGCGCCGUUGUAAUAAAAGCGCUUCGACUCUUUA